AAUUGUUGGAUGAUGGUGGUCGCCUCCCCCCCUGGAACAGGAACUGGAAUAUCUUAAGGACAACCAGUUGAUUUGUGUGCCGUUUCCGGUGAGCGAAGCGUGGGGAAUGGUUUAUCCUCCUGAGCCCUCUCCGCCUGGUACAGGGGUCAUAAUCUAGAGCACGAAGAAGAAGCAACUGGUAGUGAAUGGUGAGAAUCCAAGUGGUGAAAAAGUGGAUUGUUUCUGCUUUAUAUAUAUUCGGUGUGCUGCAUGUAGUUAUACAGAAAGCGACUGUUGGGAUAAAUUUUCCGAGAUGUGAUUGUGACUGUUGGGUUGGGUAGAAGUACUUCCUAAAGGAAAAUGAUACUUAGUCAAAAUGCUGUAACAGCAGCUGACGAUGAUUACGAAGGCAAAAAGCCCCUAAGUGUUUCUCUAAGCCACGGUACAAGUGAACAGUAUCCAGAAUUUCUCACGUCUAACUCGGCUGUCGUGAUUCUGCAGCGCCCGAGCUCCGAGAAGCAUGUGGUAAUAGAACAACUGUACAUAAGAAAGGGUAUUUCUCUGCACUGGCACAGCUUUGGUGAUAAUUGAGUUAUCCGAAGGAAGACCAAGAAUAAUCGGAUCUGCAGUUAAUGGCGAAGGGAAGAGUGUUUAUUUUUAGAAAUUUUCUUCCUUCGUGGCAGGAAAUUUUAUUUGCAUGAAGUGAAUAUUGGAACUCUCCACAAAGUGACUUGAAUCUGUAAAAAAAGUUUAUUAAUAAAUAACGAACGAAACUCGGUGGAUUUAUAUCCACAAAAUCUGUACAUAUACAUAUAUUGAAGGUGAACAAAGAGUCGGUUUUGUGCAAGCAACCGUGAUAGGAUCCUGGCAGAAGUGAAACCGAAAGUCUAACAGACGUAUUAUAGGGAUACAUACCCGUGGAGGGAAUCGUCAAGACGACCACCACCCAACGCGAACGUUUCGACGUGAUUUUUCUCUACGCUCCUGAACCACCACCUGCCAGUUUGAGACGACAUUGAAGACGCAUCCGAGCAGCAUUACACUGGAUCAAAAUUGCGGGAAACGAAGAACCAAAUUGCCGCUGUGAAGAGAGGGAAAGACAGAGAGAACAACACACAAAGUAAUAGUAACCCGAGGAUCCAACGAAGUGGUGUGUUCGUUAGGGGUUCCUCCCCUUCCGCCUAAGUCAAAACCAUCUGAGAAAAAUCAAAACUAACCAAAACAAAAAAAACGCUAUCCCAUUUGUGACACAGACCUCAGGUCAGGUCGUCCCGCCCGGAACCGAAUCCGAACCGGCCGUAGAACAUGAACCAUGGCAAAACUGCGUCAUUACAGUCUCGACUCUUCUCGCAAGCGCAAACUUCACUUACUGAAACUCCACAGACACAGUUUGGCCACCAGUUACACCAAGACCAUGACGGCAAUAUGUUUCGUCUGCAAUCUGCCUAUCAUGUCUCACCAAGUGGGACUGGUCUGGCAGGGUGGCAAUGGCUGGGACGAUCUAGUACGCGAACAGGUCGAGGAAUCCACCGUAAGACAACGGCUCGGUGGGCGAAGGGACUCUGCUGCUCAAAUCAGUGGUGCAUCACCUCCUAGUACAUCACCACCACCUGGUGCUCAACGCCGACGCCGCAGUUCACUUGCUCAGCUGACCGAUAUCUUGCGCGAAUGGAGUGGCGGGGGUUCCCGACGACAGAAGGCUCCACUGAACCGGCGCGAAACACUAGCUGACCUUGCAAGAAGUCUGCCCUGGAGCAAGGCUAACAGUACCGAUACCUAUAACAAUAACACUAUUGCCAACAUCGCUCAUGCUCCUCCUCUGCGCAAAAGACGAGAAUCAAGUGCCGAUUCGGGUGUGAAAAGUUUGUCCUUCCGGAAAGAUUCCUACGUUUCGGACUUUCGAGAGUACCGUGAACGAGAACGGGAACGUGAUCGAGAGAGGGAACGGGAGCGAGAACGUGAGCGAGAGCGUGAACGUGAACGAGAACGGGAGCGGGAGCGAGAUAGAGAACGUGAUCGUGAUCGCGAAGAAUAUAUCUACAAUGCUGAUGGCUAUCGGAAUGGCUCUCGUCGUAACUCCAACGACUCCAGCCGGGAUCGCUCAUCGCGUAGGGAGUCAAUCAUCGGAGGUACCGCCACUCCGCCACCGCCAAAAGUAGUCGGAGCUCAGCGGAAACAGCAAGGCCGCAAGGAUUCGCUAGUAGUGAUGGAAAUGCCUAACUUUCGCCAGGAGCAACGACCCUCGACGAGUUCGACCGCAUCCGAUUCUGGUCCCCUUUACGUAGCCAUCUGUCAAGUUGAUUCCGCCUGUCAGUCCAUCAUGCCCCCGACCAUUAUCACCAGCUCGGUAACGCCCCCGGCCACCAGUCCCACAGCACAGAAGGGUCGUCGUGAUUCGACUACCCAGUGCGGCAUGAAAAUAUCCCGACGUGAUUCCCGUGUAAGUCCUGAACGUGCCCAGCGGCUUUUGAAGCUGCAAAGACAAGCCACUACGUACGACGAAAGUUGUCUGCCACCGGGUGGCUGGAGCCGGCGUGGUUCCCAACCGGCGCUCAGUCCGGAUGGGGAAGGUAGCGAACGGCAGGCGAGAAGGGAUAGCCUCAGUCCGGACAGUGCUUCGCGUGGCGGCCGCCGUGAUUCCCGCACGCACCUUUCGCCGGAUCGCAGCCACGAGCGCGAGGGCAGUCCUCGUCGCAGCCGACGCCUACGAAGACAAUCAUCAUCCGCUGCUCGACAGCCCCGUUCGCCGGAAUCGAGCAGUUGCUGUUCGUCCAGAGAUGCAAGUCCAUGCGCACGACCACCGCCACUACCGGUGGAAAGCACAUCUCGCCCAUCGAUCCGCCGCCAGUCGACGACGGAGGAAAUUUUGAUAGCGCGUGGCUUUCGCCGCCAGAGCACCACCGAAGAGAUGAUCCGCUGUCGAAACUUUCGCCGCCAAAGCUCGCAGAGUGAUGACACCAGCCGCUACCGCGGCCGCCGGGACUCGAGCGCCCAGAUCAUUGACGGUACCGUGAGCACCAUGACAGUGGAAACUACCAGUACGUUUUUUGAUUCUAGUACUCAAACAGAACCAUCCCCGCUGUAUGAGAACAAUCACUAUCACGAGGAAUGCUUGAGGUGCAACUCAUGUGGUCUCAACUUAACCGGUCCCAAUCAGAAGAGAGCCAGACGUUUCAAGAAUCAAAUUCUCUGCGAUCUGCACUUCGCAGACGUCGCCCUGAUGGAGUGUUCGGACUUUAUGCAGCAAUUGCGCAGCUUUAAGCCACAAUCCCUCGGAUGUGCCGUGGCCCGACGGAAAAGUUCCACCACGCUCAUCUUCCCACUGCCACCGCAAGCGUGCUCAGACGAGUUCUGCGAAGACUAUCCCCACAAUCUGAUUCCUACUCCCGGUUAUUGGAUCGAAUGUUCCCGCCAAAAGAUUAACUUCCCGAACCAGCACACGAUAUGGGACGACAGCGAGUCAGAGCACGAGGAUGCAGCCCGUGGAGGAAUCGAUCCUCCGCUGGAGCGCAACUGCAGCGACCUGUACGAAGAUGACGAAGAUUCGGACAACGUGCCAAGUCAGCGUUUCCGCAGAAAAAAGACAGCCAUCGAGGAACAGUGGGAGCAACAGCAAGGUUUCGAACUUACCUCCGUCGAGCAGGAAACGUACGAGAAGUACUUCUACGGGACCGAGCACUGGAACUACUUCACCAACGAUGAGGACCUCGGUCCGGUUAUCCUCUCGAUCAAGCAGGAAACGAUCAACGGGCGCGAUCAAUUUAGGAUAUUAGUUAGAGCUAUAUCGUACACCGUACAUGGACUGAUACCAGCCUCCUGUGUUUUUGCUGAUAGGUAUAAUAGAGAAGAAGUAGUUAGAUCGUUAGGUAAGGAAGUAAACUUAAAUCCACCUUUAACGCUAGGACAAUUACCAGACACUCCGGAAGAACUACUCAAACUGGACCAGGUUUUCAUAAAAUCUGAACUGAAAGUGGGCGUAAUCUACGUGAAGGAGGGUCAAUAUACCGAAGAACAAAUUUUAGACAAUAAUGAAAAUUCACCGUUAUUUGAGGAAUUUUUACAGCUACUAGGUGAUAAAGUUAGAUUACGUGGUUUUGAUAAAUACAAAGGCGGCCUUGACACUGUUCACGAUUUAACAGGACUUUACUCCGUUUAUACAAACUGGCGUUCGAUAGAGAUUAUGUUUCACGUUUCCACGCAACUGCCGUACGAACGGCACGAUCCCCAGAAGCUGCAGCGAAAGCGCCACAUCGGCAACGACAUUGUCUGUGUGGUGUUCCUCGAAGCGGACAACACCGCCUUCAGUCCGGCGUGCAUCAAGAGCCAUUUUUUACACACGUUUAUUCUGGUUCGCGUUUCAGCUCGAAUCAAGCGGAAACCGACCCGAUAUGAAGUGUCAGUGGUGACAAGGGACGAAGUAGGUGCCUACAAACCCUAUCUUUGGGAGCAAUCCGUGUUCGAAAAGGGUCCGAUGUUCAGGGAAUGGCUGCUGACGAAGGUCGUAAACGGCGAGCGGGCGUCCUACUCGGCACCGAAGUUUGCCCGAAUGCAGGAACGCACCCGCUCGCAGAUGCUCGAGGACAUCGUGGCCAACCUGGCCAAUCACGCCGAAACCGGACAGAUCCCCAAACCAUACCGACGGGGUUCGUGGAGACCCAUCGGACACAUGAGGCCUUCUUCACCGUUACUAGAUUCGGUUAGAGAUCAGUUCGAGGACUAUGAUCAAUUAGCGAAGGAUUUUACACGCGUAUUUUUAAACUCAGAACCGUCGUGUCUUCAGAACGCACAGCUAUUCGACGUGGUGUUCCUGGUAGGCCAGCAGUCGAAGCAACGCGCCCGUUUCAUCGGCGUCCGCGCCAUACUCGGCGUGAGGAGUCGUGUCUUUCAGGAAAUGCUGUACGGCAUCCAAACUGGUUUCGGAUCACCUCAAGUCCCGGUCGCUGAGCUCUUAGCCCGACCGGCUCCUACGCUUCUAUCACCGCAAAACCAACGGCCCAAGAGCAGUAACUUUCUUCAAGUGCCGGACAUCGAAUCGCCCCGACCGAAAAGUGUUCCCUCGUCUCCGAUGGUGAAGCGAGCAUUCUCCCGCCUCGGCACGAUCACUGCCGGGUGGGGCCGUUCGAUAAGGAAACAGCAAUCGCAGCUCAACGUGGAAGACAAAAAGAAGUGGGCCUCCUCCCAGGAUUGUUCCGAUAAGGAUGGCAAAGAAAGAGAUUCUAAAAACAAAGCCAAUGCUAGCCAACUAGCCGUUCCAAGACUGUCCGUUUGUGCCGAUGCACAGAAGGUGGAUCGCGCGAAACUAGCGCAGACCGAGUUCACGAUCAUUGAGUUCGAUCCGGAGACGUUCCGGGUGCUGCUGGAUUAUUUGCACACCGGCAGUUGCCCGUUGACGUGCAUAUCAAUUCCAGGAUUAAUCUGCGCUGCCGAACACUACGAUCUUCCCGAGCUGUUGCAAGCCUGUUUCCAUCACGCAAAACAGUUCCUACGGAUAGACGUUGUCUGUCCGAUGUUAACGUCGCUGGAGAACUACUACUGGCGAUACACGUCCGCCUCCGAACUGGUCAAUAUGAUUCUGGCGUUCGUCGAAACCCGUGCGUACGCUUUAUUCCAAACAUCGGAUUUCCUCACGCUCAGUGAAAGUAUGGUGCAAAUGAUCAUGUGUCGGAAUCUAGAGAUACCCGAGGUCCGCAAGUUCGAAGCUAUGUUGGCGUGGGCGAAGCAAAAGGUGAAAUCGAAAGCAUCGGCUAAAACGGACGCCAAGGUGGAGUUCCGCUGCAUCAUGGAGCGGUUAGCGCGUGAUUUGAAACUACACCGAAUUUCACCACAGGAACUGAUCAAAAUCGUGCUCCCAUCGAAGGCCAUCAAGAACGAACGUAUUCUGGAAACACUGAUGUACCAGGCAAAUAGUGGCAUGUAUCGCAUUCAGGACAGCUACCUGGAAGCGUGCCAGCAACGACUCCAGAAGCAGGACUCUCGGUACAGUGAGUGGGGCGAAAGCUUCGACUGUGGAUUAUAGGAAGACGAUCAGCUGUAGUGAAGCAGCUGUUCCUCCCUUUCACCGUGGCUUUCCUACGAUAGUCCCACCAUGUGUCACUUCAUACCGGGCGGCCUCCUCCCUUUGCCAGGAGGUAAUUGGAGAAAAGGUAUCGUCUUUGGUACAAGUAGAUCUUCGUGUCCGCUUUCGGAAGAACUUUGUUGUUAUGUGUUGACGAUGUGUUUAGCAGAUUCUAUAGAAAAAAUGUUGUUCUUUUCCGUUGUAUGUACGCAUUUCGAAAUCAAAAAUCGAUUAAUUUUCGACGCCAAAACGUAGCCAUUACCAGAGUGUGGCCAGCGGCCAUUUUAUUUACUAGAGAGCUAGAUAUGCCAGUGAUGACUGUUGCGUUGUUUUCUUCAUGCUAUGUUUGUGAGUUUAGGUAAAAUCUUUAAAAGAGACGUUUUUAUCCGACGAUAAUUAUGUUAAAGGAAGAGCAUGAAAACUAAACUUCUGUUGACUAUAUAUUAGUAGUUAACCAUUAUUAGAAAAUAUAUACUCUAGAUGACGGCGUAUCGCAUAGGCAGCAUCUGAUAAAUUGUGCAAACUCUGUCUUUUGGCAGCUAAGUAUCGUGCUAAAUGUUACUGCUUUGCUAUUGAGGAAUCGAUUCGUCGCAUUCAAUUCGACAGCCGUGUUGGUUCAACAAUCGUUUCGUUGCUCUUAUGUAUUAGGUAAAAUAUUUAAUGGAAUGCAGCUUUUAAUACAAAUCAUCAUAUCUUACGUAUAACGAACUAAUCACAUUUAAUGCUAUCACAAUGCUGUGCAUUAUCUGAAGGCCGAGUUGAGGAAAGUUGGCGGAACAAACAGCAUUUCAUGGCAUACAAGUUUGUGAAAUUGUGAUGCAAUCACUGAUAUCAAUAGCAAAGUAGUAACAAACCCCUAGUCAAAGGUUAAAAAUACAUAAGGUUUCUUCCCAUAGCACCGUGUAAAUUAAAAGUUGGGUUGAACGCUGUAGCUUCGCAACUGCCAUGGAGAAUGUUUCAGUUAUAUGAAAUUACCGACUUGUACCAAGUAAUCACACGGGCCAAUACAUGACAACAGUGUAGGGUGACGACCAUACGUCCUGGUUUCCCAGGACAUGUCCUGGUUUUUAACUGAAGAUCCUGGUGUCCUGGGAUGUCGAGGAAAACGAUUAGUUUGUCCUGUUUUUUUCAAUAAGCCUAAAAUUUUUGUUUUCGUUGGGUUUUAUUUACUCUGGACCAGCUUGCAGUUACGGUCGACCCGACAAAAACUGCAAUGCAAACUCACUCUCAAACAGAGUACGAGAAAAAAGCCUUAAAUAGUUGGAACCUGGAACCCAACAUUAUCCCACAGACUAACAGACAUAACACUCAAAGACAAAGCUUCGCCCGCUUUAACGGUCAUUUUUAAUAUAUUUGUAGUUGGGACUGUGGCCACAUUUGAAAUUAUGGCGCCACUGACAUUUGAACAAGCAUAUGAGGGAUAGACCACUAGUGAAAAAUUGUUCCCAAACCUGAGGGGUAACCCACCAGUAAAUGAGUGUUUGGGACUGUGAAUAAAAGGUGGAGCUAGUGUUCUGGAAAAAUUGUCGGAUCGAUGUUUUUUGAGGGAAUUCCCUCAUAGUGUUAUGUCUGUUAGUCUGUGAUUAUCCCUCCGGUGCUUCUCAAAAGGCACGUUUGAGACUUGGCUUCUUAACCACUUGCAAUUAUCUCAUGCCAAUGGCAUUUAUUCUUUUGCUAGAAAUGCACAAACAUGUUUCCAGUCCAUAAAAAGGAAAAUAAGCCAGACAUCAAUAGCUAUCGUGGAAUGACUUCUUGGAACACCGUCUCGAACUGGGUAUGAUGCGUCCAUAUAAAAGAGAAUCUUCGUAUGGAUGAUGAAAAACAAAACAAAUUUUUAUUGAUUCCUGUAUGAAUUCAUGAUUUCACAAAAAUGACGGGCGCUUGAAAAGUCCAUAAAUGUGCCAAAUUUCAUACCAUCGAAAAACCCAUGAAACCAACCCCCGGCUCAAGGCAGAGAAAUAUUUCGCCACUUCGUCUUCCGCUUCAGGGCAUGCUGUACCUUAUGGUUACGCAAAACCGCUGGAUAACCGGAACCGGCUUGUGCUCUCACAUUUCUCCAGGAGUGCCAGGAUAUAAGCGCUUGGCUGUAUCCGGUCGACACACUGAUGGUCUUCUUCGUUCCGGGGUAGGGUUGCCACCUCUGGAGAGGCUUUGACCCGGAGAUUAUCACUGAUCUGGGGGGUGGUAGAUUUUGAGUGGAACGAAACAAAAAUUGGAAUCAUACCGAUUGCUCGGCAUUUUAGAGCACUUUGAUCGCUUUCUAUUACUACGUUAAAGUAAAACUGUAAAUUUUUCACUUUUGAGAACGGUUUUAUCGGUUUAAUGAGGGGGAGUAUUUCACUUCCCCGACUAAGUGCCAAGAAUACAAAAGCACCAGCUACUCUCACUGUGGAGGAUAAGUCAAACGAGCAUUGCUCUACUCCACAACUAACUGGAAAAGGAGAGCAAAGGAUGCAGAGCUGUGACAUCGCACUAUGUGGUGUCGGUUAUUCGUUACCAACAAAUUUUAAUUUCGCAACAAAGGGGCAAAACUCACCUCCCCCUUUUAUUUGUUUUUCAUUUUCAUUGGUUUGUGAAAGAAAUUAGCAAUAUUUGGUGAACUCUUCGCUCUUCAAAAAAAAAAUUGAACCUAUGCUUCUUCCCACCAAACCCGGAGAAAUUGAUGUAAAACCCGGAGACCCGAAGAUCGCUCUCGAAAACCGGAGUCUCCGCGUCAAACCCGGAGGGGUGGCAACCCUAUUCCGGGGUGAAAACAGCGAUGAUCACAAACCAUCGAACGUAGUUGCUUCACUACUUUCGCCAUGGUUGCCGUGAAAGGAUUCAUAGAGCUGUCAUUUUUUUUCUGUGCAUAGCCUACUUGCAUUCAUUGACAAUUCAACGAUUGACCGUCACCGCAGAUCGAGAGAUAAUUGUGAUUGAAUCAUCUCAAGCACCCUUAUUUACUUCUACGCCAGGAAUAACCCAGGGAAGCUACGUGGAACUGUUCAUGUUUCUGUUUACUUCAAUGUCGAGUAUUUAGCGCUGAAUUCUUCGGCCCUUCGCAGACGAUCUUCACUAAUUGUGGUGUGUCAAAAAUUCGAAUGACAUUAUGGCAGACAGCUAAAAUAACUGAGUUUUUAUUCGCCUGAUAUGGUCACCAAUUUUAUUCGCUAGUUGAACUGACUGAUAAAUGGUUUAAACUCUGUAAAGGAGACGAUAAUGGUGUAAAUGCAUCUGUUUGCAUAUCUAAUUCUGAGAUGAAAUUUUAGCAUUCUGUGGUACAGUGAUCCAAUUAGCAGAUGUCUAACUAAAAAGCGUUCCAGUUAAAAGUAACCAACCAGCAAUUCACGACUGCAAGCAUAACAACAUAACAGCAAAUCUUAGUUUUAACGUGUUAAUUUAAAAAUUGCACACGUUGAUGUAAAGUGAUUUGCUGUUGAGUUCGCACUACUUGACAAACAUUGCAAUGCGAUGUGUCAAUCUAUUGAAAUUGAUCACAUCAAAGCACUGCGAAAUCAACAGAAAAUCACUUCAAUUUGGAAUGCUUUACACAUGGCUUCUAAUGGAUCAUGCAUUGAACUCCGCAUGCUUUCCAAGCUGAUAUUUAUGAUUUAUCAUAAUAUAAAGUUUCCGGUGCAUUCCGUGCCUUGAACACAAAUAAUAACAUAAUAAAUUUGAGCUUAACAAAUAUUAUGUGAUACGCACACUUUCGUAUACUCUAGAAAUUACAUACUCUCUGGAUUUUCACAUUCUUACACCGAUUUUCAAGUGUUUGUUUUACGACAAUAAGGUUCAUGGACUUUUGAUAUUUGUAAACAAAGGUUGAACUAUUCAAAUUCAAUAGAUUUGAACAAUGAUGCGAAUCCAACAGAUAAGCAUUUUAACUUAUAGAUAAAAUCCAUUAAAUAGUUUUAAAAGCCGAAUCACUUUGGUGCCAUUUGUAAAUCACCAGAAUAUCAAAGCUAAAUCACUUCAAUUGGUAGUGAGGCAUGACAAACUAAUUCAUGUGAAAAAUCUCUUGGAUUAGACGUGGCAAUUUUUUACCGUGUACUUUAUUGAAAACGUUAUUCGUCGCAUCAAGAAUGCUGCCCCGAAGAUCACCGCCAGCAACAAGUAAAUUCGCGCGUCCCAAAUGUAUCCAAAACAGUCCUUUUCAGGACAAACAAAGUCGGAUGAAGAUUUAUUAGUGAAAGUUUUCCGUUAAUGCUAUUUCUCAUGUUUCUAGCUUGAGCAGUGUAAACCUAUUCAAAUUGUGAUAAAUAUUGUGGUUAUCACUGGAAAUUAGCAAAAAUUGCGAAAAAACAAGAUGGUGACAAGAUUGCGAAACCGCCAUUUUUAAGAUUUAACCUUUUCAAAUCCGCAAGGCUACAAAAAUGUAAUUUGAAUUGAUUUUUAUGUGAAGUGUUCGAGCGACUAUUGGUUAUGAACCAAGCAAAAACAAAGGAAUCGAGUUAGGAAUCAAAAAGGCACACUAAACAAUUAAUUAAAUGGGUACCAAAAAAUAGUAACAAAUAAUUUCCGAUUUUCUCUGAACAGGUAGUGAAGGGGUGAAUAAAUCCAUGAACUGUCAAUUCAUGACCGUCCGAUACCUGACCAACAGGGCCUAUAUAUUGCUAGAUGUUUAUUCUAAACUGGGCGGAUGGAGCUAACGGUAUAUUUUCAAUUCUUUCGCUAUUUUAAAUUGAUUCCGUCGCAUGCUAAUCUUCGGUAAAAAAAAGAGAAAAAAUCUGAUAUUGCAAAAAAGCUGUGUAAAUGGCCACCCUGUCAUGCAGCUAAAACCGCAAAAAAAUGGGAAAAAUAUUUUUUUACGUCGAUUUCACGGACCAUACAUUGGAAGGGCAGCUUGCGGUAUAGUAGCUCCGUUCACUUCCGAUAGCGGCGAAUUUCUCACAGAGCGACUUAUGUAGCACUUGGCUUCUCAACGCCACCAAGGGUUGGGAUACGUUUGCGGAUGGCCUUCCUUGCUGACUGCUUGCGGACGUUCUGUUUGGUACGGGCCAUGGCGCAAAAAUUCCUGCUGUUCUGCUGGCUGGUACUACUUACAACGAUGGCCACACGAAUGAUGACCAGAGAUGCCAGAUACUUUUUUCAAAUGUCUGCAAUAAUAAUUUUAAAAAUCUGGGAAGAACAAAAAAUGUAAGGGAAGCUAGUGUAACUAAGAGCCUUUAUAUUCAAAAAUCUGUAAAUAUCGGCAACCAAACUAAAAAAUCUGCAAAUAUCUGCGUCAUCGAAAAAAUCUGCAGCUAAAAUUAAAAGUCUGCGAAUUUGCAGACAUGUCUGCAAAUCUGGUAUCUCUGACAAAAACCGACCGACACAUUUUUAGUAUAGUAGAGCGUAUACGCACUACUAUCGCUCUCUCGCUCGUUUUCGGGCCAUGUGCCUUUUUAUUCCUUUCUGCUACUAAUACUAGCAUAAUCAAAACGAAUAUGCGUCUUCCCACCAUCGAUUGGGUGAGCAGUGUUGUCAAAUGCAUUUUCAGUUUUUCAUCAAUAACAUUCAACAAUAUUUUCAAAGAUCUAUGCUGCAGAUUCGGAAAAAAAGAAAAAUAGUUGGCAAUGGAAAAGAAUUCCCAAUUAGAUUUUUUUUUAUUGUGACUACGACUAACGGUUCAAUAUAGACACCCCAUUUCAAUAUUUCGGAAGGAAAAGAAGGUCGAGUUUGGAAAGUUUGUAACAUUCAUUGUGCUUAACGAAAUUACACAAUGUUCGCACUCAUGAUUCAGAAAUAUGACCAGGGAUCUUCUAUUAGAUUUGUAAGUAUGUAUAAUUUACAUGAAUAAAGAAAAAUUGAUUUUCAGAAAUCAAUUAUUAUCUGUUAUCUGUUAUGAGUUGUUAUGUAUUCUACAUCUCUCCGGUUAUGUCGCAGACAUUACCCACCCUUUUUUCUUUCAAUAAUUACUUCCGAUACUAAUCCAGCGCUUUCGAAGAUUGGAAAUUCAAUAAAUCACAAAAUCGAUUUCAAAUUGGCGAAAUUUGAAGACAACCUCAUAACUUCUAAUCAAACCAUUUAACUGUUUAACCCUUACAAGUCUGAUCAUAUUUUUGUUUCGAGUAUAGACAUUUUAACCUUAAGGUCAUUCGCUUCUUCAUUUAGGUUAGGAAUUUUCCUAUAACAAAUCUCUUUGUUAAUUCCGCUAUGCCCGCUCGAGUCUGAUCUUGUUUCGAUGCGAGAAUUAGGUUGGUAUAAACACAGUUGAUAUCAAAUAUGCAGUAGUUUAGAAUUUUCGCUAUUCUAGUUACCUCAUACACUAGAUAUUGAAUUUUUAAUUGUAUUCUCAAAUAAAUUUUUGUCGAAAAAGUAUUUGUUAAAAUUUUAGUUUCUGUUAAAAAUUCGGGCCCCUUCAAAGCUCCGGGCCCGGGGGGAAACACCUCGCCCCCCCCCUCUCUACGGCCCUGAUUGAAUGAAUAAGUAUUCGACUCCUAGUCGAAUGUAGGAUUACUGCUCCCUAAUUCAUCUUAGCUCCUCUAUUCAUCUCACCCAUUUGAACACAUUAGUUAGAGCAGUAUCUGCUAUCUCUAUUCAACGCAUUAGCUCAAAUAGUAUGAUGAAUAAGGGUACGUUGUACUCGACUUUUCGCUUCGUUCAAUUACAUUUUCCAGGCAAAAAAUUUGCUGUGCUGCUUCUUAAGGAACAAAGCAAAAAUGAUGAUACUUUUUUAAGUGCAGUCCAGUCACUCUAAGUUGAGUUAGCAAUUGUAAUUGAUCGCUUGUUAGCACUCUACUUUGUAGCAGCCACCCUAAUGGUACUGAACCAAUAUUCCUGUGGCUAUUUUACUGACAACAAUAUGAGCCUGUUACCACAUUUCGUGCUGCUUAUCUUUGGUUCUGAAUUUAUUUCUGACCGCUCCUAAAAUGGACAACAUGCAAGCGCAAUGACCAUUCCCUAUAAUGCGGGUCCGAGACUCACCAGAAUAUCCUCCUCCCGGUGAACGUGCACCCAAAACUAAAAUCUCUUGCAAUAAUUGCAAGCGACAAUCACUUGCAAAUAAUGUUAGCGUCGCUUGCUAUUUUGCAGUUUCAUAAAACCACUUCAUCUCUUGUUAUACCUACAUACGUUUCUACAACACGACUAUCGAAGGAUUACCACCACAUUCACCUGCCUAUGCUAGUUGUUAUAGCAACGCAGGGUUAGUUUUUAUUUACCGUCUGCUUUUUAUUCAUUCCUUACCAACACCAUUAAACGCAAUAUUGAGACUCAUUCAUUAAUACGCGACAUUUUCGAAUUGCGGAUGUGCUGAUUGUACCAGUUUUAACACUCUGUCCUCAUGUGCAAAACAGAGCAGUGUUCAUAGUCAGUACUACGAUGCGCAAGAGCAUGAGUUCAAAUCCGGGUUUCGUUCGUUACUUUUCUCACUAAUCGUGAAAUCGUCCAAGUGACUUUAAUCCACUCAUAACUAUCUGAUGGCGUGGUUGGAUGGACAAAGUAUUGGUUAUUUAUCUGCCAGUGAAUGGUCGUUUUUCAAUGCCUGCCGUCCCUUUUUUGUUUAACGUGUAGUGGUCACCGUAUAACGCUAAUACAUAGGAAAAAUAAACUUUUUCCAUUUUUCUUGCAUUACAUGCAUUUUUGCACAUUACCGGAUCGCUUGCAAUUUGACCUAGCAAUCCUUGCAUUGAUGCAGGUAAUUCUUGUUUUGGGUGUACGGUCCAAGAUCACAAAAAGGUACACUGAAAAUAAUCGACACGAUAAAACCAUAUGCAAUUAAACAUCACUCUCAUGUGCGUUCUCAUGUUAAAAAGUAAAAGAAAUGAUUUCCCUUUGAAUUUCACAUGAAAAUCCAUUAAAAGCAUUUCAUGUGGUGUUUCAAACUAAAUUCAAACAAAUUCCACGUGAAUACGACAUAUUUAUCCAUUGAAUGUUCAUUGCCAUACUAUUGAGUCGUAUAGUAUGAACUUUCCACAUGACUCUUGCAUGAAAAACAUGUAGUGCAUUUCUACAUGUAAAACAAUUGAUUUCACCGAUUCUUCUGCCAAUGAAGACUAUAAGUAAAAGAAAGUGAUAUUCACGUGUAAUUCAUUUGGAAAUUUUAGUCAAUGGUAUUUCUAAUGAUGUUGAUGUGCUCUUCAUACCAUGUUCGCAUGAAUUUCAUUUGAAAACCAUAUUUCCCACACUCGAAUGGAUAUUGAAGUGGCAACCGUGUGCAUUUCACGUGUUUGUGGAUUGAAAUAAUUCAGUGGAUUUCCACAUGAUGUUAACGUGUUAAGUUUUUUCAGUGUAGGUAACUCGAUCGUCCCUAAAAGUUCUUGUCUCCGAGCUCGUUCCGGGAAGAGUUACACUAGCAUCUACCAAUGAAAAAUGGCACAUUUCCAAUCUAAUUGUUAUUCGUUUUAUUCUCUGCCGGUGAUAAAAAGUGUUACAUAGCUUCAUUAAGGGGUUGCACUCGAAAAAAAAGGCAUAUUUUAGAAAUUUUUCUUGACGCAAUGAAGAGAUGAAUCGAGAUCAAUAAAAAUGGGAUUAAAAAUACAAGCCCAAGUAACAAUUGAAGUUUUAUAGCACGUUAUAAGUGCAAUCUAAGUUUUAUGAGUGGUUAUAAAACUAUCAUAAAACCUAAAUUAUUACCAUGUUGCACAAAAAAAUUCAAGUGGUUUGAUCACAAGAUGGCGGCUGUGCAGCAUUUUCCUACCCGUGAGUUAUUUUAGAAAGGGCCCACAACCGAAAAUCUAUCUCCCGUAAUUUUUGACCUAGGUCAAAAAACCAAAGUUUUUUGGAUUGCAUAGAAUGACAGCAAGCGACGUACGUAGGAUUUUUUCGAUAUUUUGAUUUUUCGCACACUUUAUAGUAGAAAACACUGAAAAUGUGUUAUAAAGCGCCACAAAAUCUAUAUAUAUGAAAGUCAAAGUUUGUAUGUAUAUGAUUUAUAGACUCCCAAACGGCUUAACCGAUUACCGUAAACAUUCGCACACAGUAGGUAUUUGGUAUGGGGCGUGUUUGUGUGCUAUUAGUUGGAGAUUAUCUGCCUGCCAGAUGGCGCUUUGGAACAAAUUGUGUUUCCUCCUAUUUCGCAGAGUGUCACAGCAACGCGCGAUGGGUAUUAGCUAGUCGCAUAUAAAAAUACACAAUGAAAAAAUAAACUGCUACGUACGUCGCUGGAGGAAAUAAUUUUGAAUAUACUGUAACAAUUUCAGAACGAUCGAAAAUCAUUUGUUCGUGUUACAUUUCCGGUCAGUUUAAAAAAAGUGGUUUCGAGGAAAACGUGGUUGAAGUAUUCAGUGCGCUCAGGGUAUCCAUAAGAGGCGUUGCGGAAGAAUUGAUAAUUCGAACAUUUACAUAUUAGUGCUACCUUCCAUAAUUUGACAUAUGAAGACCCUAAAGCAUGUUUCUGGCUAAUAGAAAAUUGCGAUUUUUUUGAACUUCCACGGUGGUGUAACCCCUUUACUCUCCAUCCACACAAUAUACGUAAUCUUCAAGCAUCAGACGACUAAUUACUAAAAAAUAACCCACGAAUAAUAAUAUAUUAUUUUUCAAGAUCAAUUUCCAUCGCAGUUGCAAGCUAUUGUCGUCUAAUGUGCGGUUGUGUGAACCAACUCUAAAAUAACUUAAAGGUUGAUAGUAGAUGUCAAUAGGAGCAUUUUAUUCUGAGUCAGAACUGGAAAGAGUCGUCCAUUUAUACCGAUCAAUCUGUAUUAAACAGAUUUUAAGUCUAAAUACAGAUUUACAGCAAAUUUUCAAAUUGCCAUAAAGAUUUCACAAAAAAACCCAGAAAAAUGUAUUAUCAUACUUCCUUGCCUUCAAAUACCCUGUGUAGAUUUUGGUUUCCUCUAUUGUGACUUGCAGGAUUAUCGCUCGAUAUGCAAUUAUAGGAAAGCUCAAUCCAGAUAGGCGCGUGGCAGCUUUUGAAAAGCACAAAGCUGGCAGAAAAAUAAACAUUGCAAGAGAAGAUCCUCUACAUUAAUUUGCAAUAGAGGCUGAUUAUCACUCCUAUAGUUCGCUUAUGUGCGACUGUCUCAUUGUCUAGUGGCUCCACUGAAAUCGGCUUGCGGGGUAACUGCAGCUAUAUUUGAUGCGCCUUUCGGACGCCCGCAAUGUGAGAUUUUAUUAUAAGCGCGACAAUAUAUCAAACCAUCAAAUCGACGAGAGCAUUUCAAAUGGACACAUGGUCGGUGUUAAGUCAGACCGGACUAAGUGACAAAAUAUUGAUUUCGAGAAAAACGAGUUUAAGGUUUGAAUCAUAGCAUCCUUUACAUUAUAAUUGAAAAUUAAUUUUUGUCAUAAUUCUUGAUUAUUGUUACAUAUUCCAAAUCUGGCAAAAGUCAAAUGUAGCUGACGAAAUUUCCUAUCCAGUGACAUCAUUAUCUCAUUUUUUUAUGUUUUGCGACUUAGUCCGGUCUGACUUAGCACCGACCACAUAAGCAACAUCGUUCAUUAAUCGUUCAUUUUUAUUCGGGCAUUCAAAAUGACAUUUACCAUCAACCUUCUAAAUAUUUUCCCCUCUGUUACCAUCAACCAGCACAGUUGGAACCUCAACAAGAGAGAGAGAAAAAAACUAAACUGUAAACUGUCAUUUGAAUUAACAAAUGCUGAAAGUUUGGUCCUCUGCCCUCAGGCAGUUCAAAUGUCUAUCAGUCGCAACAAAAAAAAACAAAAACACAGAACAAUGCAAAUCGCGAAGGAACUGAAUAUUUUAUAUGUACAUUUAUCGACGAAGACAUAAUGCCGAAUGGUUGACGGACGAUACGGUUGAUAAAACGAAUGUAAGAUCAGCAGAAGCGAUUAUGGGAAACGUUGAAAUAAGAUUAAUCUUAAAAAAUAUGUAUGUGGAAGGAGGUGUGACAGACACACAACCAACAAUAAAGCAACCCGAUACCGUACUGUCGAUGUGUAUAGUGUACAUACGAGCCGGAAUAACUGAAAGAGAAGAUUAAAGUAUAUAUGAUAAUUAUUAGAUGUUUAUAUAUUGGAGAGAAUACGUGGAUGGAUAUAUACAUAACAUAUACAUAUUGAAAAAAACAUUGAUGGAUGAUGCA